CGUAAUGACGUAGUACCUCAGGAAAUAGCCAACUUCGUGUUACUUCAAUCUCUUCAUUCAAGAUGGUGUUAGAAACUAUUUCUAGGAUCAUCAAAAUCCAACUUCCACUCUACCUCAAAAAAUUGCCGCUACCAGAGACAAUAGGGGAUUUUGCUAGAUUAACAGUCUCUGAGUGGUUGCGACUGCUGCCACUCCUGGGCAUUUUGGCCCUUUUGGGCUACCUGACCAUCCGCCCCUUCCUUCCCAAGAAGAAGAAGCAGAAAGACAGCAUCAUCAACCUAAAAAUCCAAAAGGAGAACCCACGAGUGGUCAAUGAGAUUGAUAUUGAGGACUUGAAGAGUACAAAUGUUUGUUACUGCAGGUGUUGGCGGUCCAAAACAUUUCCUGUUUGCGACAGAUCACACAUAAAGCACAAUGAGCUGACGGGCGACAACGUGGGACCACUGGUACUGAAGAAAAAGAUUCUAUAAUCCCUGGCUUUUGCUGCAUGGGAGAAAAGGCUCAUCUCUCUCAUGCAGACUCUAGAUUUUUUUUCAAAGGUUUAUAGUUAUUUAGUGAAAUAUAUUGUCCUUUUUAAUGGGCUCUGUGCACUAGCUUAUUUGAAGUCGGCAAACCAGUUUCCUGUUCUUUGACGUUGCUGUCAGCAAGCACCUGAAAACGUGUGCUCGCUGAAAAUCCUUCCCCCCUUAUUUUGUGCAGGCACUGAACGUAGGCUGGCAUUUUUAGGAAAAAGGUGGAAGCAAAAAUUGUAUAAUCUAUAUCGACUUGAAGCCAGGCAGAAUGGCACACAGCAGUGCUCCUUAGAGCCACCCAUAGACAUUUGACUCGCGUACAUUGCAUAUGUGUAUAUGCAUAUUGCAUAUUACGUUUUGGUACAACUAAAGCACUCAUCUUCAGGUGCUUGUUGACAGCCAAGUCAACAAACAGGAAGCUGGUUUGCCGACUUCAAGUGAGUCAGUGCACAGAGCCCAUACAGUGCCAAUUGUGUUUGGGUUUAAAUGUUAAGGGACACUUUCUUAUUCUAAACAGUUUAAGAAUAGAUAUGUGGGCCAAAUAGAUCUGUCCUCUUGAUGUGUGAUUUCCAUGUGCCUUUUAACUUUUUACACAUUUCUGUGAAAGUAUGUCAUUCUGUUAUGCCUUAGUUACAAUGUGCAAUAUUACUUCAUGGGAAAAGAAAACAAUAAUUGAAAAUCAUAAAUGUAUAGUCAAUGAAUUAAUUCAGUGAUACAAUCAAGAUAUUCAGUCCUACUUGAAAGUCUAAAUGACUGAUCACUUCAGUUCCUGGGUCCUAAGCGCCACCAUGAUCGCACCCAUCAGUAGUUCUUUUUUCCCUUCAUUUUUCUCGCUUUUUUUUUUUUUAAAUGAACAGAGGUCUCCAAGAUUAUGUAGGCCAUAGAUAUUACACCUGUUUCUCUAUUGGCCUCUAGUGAUGGUUGACCCCACCAUGAUGGCUGAGCUACUUACGUACGUUCUGGAGCCUAAUGCGGUAUCUAGCUUUCUCAUAUCUAUGAUCUAGGCUACUGACAAACCCAGUUACUUCCAGCAUGUUAGGGACCAUUCUCACAAAUGUGGCCUCUGCAAUUUACAUAGUGUGUCUUCUUUCAAUCCACAUCGUGUUAAGUUAUUGUGAACUGUGUAUGGUUUUCUCAGAAUGUUCUCAUAAGAAAUCAAGUAAUCUUACAUCUAAAGCCUUAAUGUAAUUAUUUUUUUUAAAUGAUCACAGUCAUUUACCAAUUUUGCGCAUUCCAUGUUUAACUACAACCAAGGAAAGUACCACCGACAACUUCAAAUCCCAUUAUACAGUUUGUUCCCCAUUUUCUUCUAUUGUUGUUUUUGUGUUAGGAGUGAGGAUUCAACUCAUAUUGCAAGCACCCAUCUCUUCAGUAAUAGCUGUAAGUUUCUAGAAUGCCUUAAAUAACUUAAAUAUUUUGUCACUCUCUAGCUAGGUGAAUGCAUUUCCUAUGGUUAUGAUACUAUGUAGAUCAGAUGUGCUCAAUACUUUUGUAAAAAUCAAAGAUUGUAUAAAUAUUUGCUUUUUUAA